AUGGCCAGAAUCUCUUCCGGGCUUCGGUCGAAAGCUACCGAAUUAACAUUACCGGCAAGCACAUUCCCGGAGAUAUUUCCCUCCGCACCGUCUUUCGGGUCGACUAAUAUACCCUCGUCUUUGUGCCCUCGUCUUCCGAGCUUGUCCCUCAGUUCCGAAAUCUUGUUGGAGUUGUUCAUAAUUGUUGCGAAUACCUCGGGCCGAAUAUCAAGCUGCGGCCUCGGGAAUGUUGGCCUUCUGGCAGCCGAUGGGCUUUGGGCCUCCGUUGCUGAGACCGGGAGAUGCUUUGUCGAGCCCAUAACCGAGAGCGCCGCACAAGAAAAAUUCGGCCUCCAAGUACUCGAGAUUCAAAGGGAAAGCGACUAUGUCGGAAUCAAGAUGGGUGCAAUUCGGGUAAGAAGAAGCCGUACUAUUGUCAUGGUGGCCGCGGCAGAGAUGGAGGAGAAAGACGGCAGCUAA